UGCCCCGGUACCCGAUCCCACCUCGCCUGGCAUGCCUUUUCCUAACCCCUUACCCCUCACCCCCAUCCUUUUCCCUGCUGGCCCCCUCCCCCUCCAGCCGUUGGCUGGGGUGACGUCACCAGGCGGGCGCGCCCACCGGUGGGCGGGGGAGGGGUCGGGGACGACAACCCGGGACUUUGGGAGGUCACUGCCCGCCGACCCUACCCCCAAUUGCUCCUUAGGUCUCAUUGUGCCCCUUUUCAGUCCUUGCUCCGUUUUCCCUAUUCUUGUGACCUGGAAGCAGGCACAGGGGUGGGGACGGCAUUCGAGGAGGGGAUCGGGCCGCCGUUCUCAGCCCCAGGAGGGGGCUACGGGAGCCGAGAGGAUCAGGCAGACCCUCUCCCCUGCUUCUCCUGCACACAUAUUCUCCAGGCUCCUUGGAAGGGACCUAUCCGUUCCCAGGCCCCCCAAUUUCAUCUCACCACCGGCUCAAGCCUGGAAUCACCUGUCCAGGUGAAGGCUCCUGUUCCCAUACUCUUGAGUGGGCCGUGAGGAGGCACUACCAGCCCCGUGCAGUGCGGAAGACCCAGCUGGAAUGUCAGCCCCGGCUCUUAUCAGCAAUGGGACCUCAGACAAAUCACUUCACCUGUUGGAGCCCUAAUUUCCUCAUCUGUAAAGGGAAUAAGAACGAUGAAUGGCACCUUCGUGAUUUUCUGGGAGCAUUCUAUGAGUGAACGCAUGUAAAGUAGCAGUUUUAAGCACGGUGCCUGGACAUAGGAGUUGCUCACCAAAUGGUGUUCUCCAUCGCCGUCUUCGGGCCCAUUGUCAAUGAGGGUUACGUGAACUCCGAAAGCGGUCCGGAGCUGCGCUGCGUCUUUAACGGGAACGCAGGUGCCUGUCGCUUCGGCGUCACGCUCGGCCUCGGGGCCUUCCUCGCCUGCGCCGCCUUCCUGCUGCUGGACUUGCGCUUCCAGCAGAUCAGCAGCGUCCGCGACCGCCGUCGAGCGGUGCUGCUGGACCUGGGCUUCUCAGGGCUUUGGUCCUUCUUGUGGUUUGUGGGCUUCUGCUUCCUCACCAACCAGUGGCAGCGCACGGCGCCCGGGCCAGGCACCACGCAGGCUGGAGACGCAGCACGGGCAGCCAUCGCCUUCAGCUUCUUCUCCAUCCUCAGUUGGGUGGCGCUCACAGUGAAGGCCCUGCAGCGGUUCCGCCUAGGCACCGACAUGUCGCUCUUUGCCACCGAACAGCUGGGCACCGGGGCGGGGCAGGCCUACCCUGGCUACCCAGUAGGCAGCGGUGUGGAGGAUGCCGAGACCUACCAGAGCCCUCCCUUCACCGAGACCCUGGAUACCAGCACCAAAGGGUAUCAGGUGCCCGCCUACUAGUUAGUGGCUGGUGGGCUCAGACUAGGGCCAGAAGGCUGCCCCACCAAUGCAGGGCCCACGGCCCCCUGCGACCUCCCUUAGGCCCUGGUCCAGCUCUAGGGAUGGAGGAGUGGCCACUGUGGGCUGUCUGGGACCAAGAGAGGAUAGCCUCCAGAGUGCCAGGGCAGUCCCCCCAAGUCUCCCCAGUACCUUUACUCUCCAGCCCCAGGCCUGAGGUCUUGAGGGGACAGCCUAGCCCUGGACAUGUGUGCUCCAGCCUCCAGUGGAUCAGCCUGGGCAGGGGGCCAUUCCUCUCAUGAGGCAGCCAUCCCAGGGCUUACUUGUCCACUCUGGAGUCAGGGAUCCAGCUGCCCUCCAUAGCCAGGUGCAGGACCUGCCCCAGACUGGGGGCAGUAUUGCCUCCGCCCCCAUGCCAUGACCAGGGAGCAUGGCUGAUGGCCAGUGUUCCCCAUCUCAUGUCACUGGGGAUAGUGGCAGUUCUUGCUCCUGCGGUGGUUGUUGACCGCACAGGGCCACGUGCUCUCUGUAGCCUCCCUCCCAUUCCUCUCACCUGCUCACUAGAGUAGCCUGGCCUUGUUGAUGUUGUGAUUGUGGUCUUCAAGUUUCACCUGGUAGUUUCCAUGCCCUGCCCCAGGCCUCUGCCUGAGUGGGUGGUUCUGGCGGGGAAGGCACAGCAUGGCUGUAGGCCUGGCCACCAGCCUUCUCUCAGCCCUUCAGUAAGACCUUACCCAAGGGAGGCUUGGGACACCUGUGUGCCUGGCAAGACAAGCCCUGGAGAGGAGAGAGGCUGCAUUUGCCCACGGUGCCCUGGAGACACCAUUCUGUGCAAACCCCUUUACCUUGGUUUCCUAGACCAGUCCUUCAGCUCCCCACCCUGCACCCCAUUUUAAGGCCCAGUUCAAGGUUGGGGUUCCUCUGUAUAGCCGAAUACUCAUGCAUUGCUCAAAGCUGGCUUUUCACAUUAUACCAGAUGCGGUUGCCACAUUCAAUUCUUUCAAACCGACACCUCCCUCUGGAGUUGCAAUUGAGUGACAACCCUGUACAUUGUAGCAUAGAUCAAUUAUGUGUGGAUAUUUAAGUGAACAUGUUUACAACUUUUGUAUAUAUGGAUUUCUCCUGUCCUCUGAAAGAACAAUCCGUGAUUGUGUAUUUUCAGUGUCCCAUGUUCCAACUGCAAGUUCUUUACAAUAAAGAUUGUAGCCCUGGCUGGUGUGUGGCUCAGUGGAUUGAGUGCCAGCCUGUGAACCAAAGGGUUACCGGUUCCAUUCCCAGUCAGGGCACAUGCCUGGGUUGUGGGCCAGGUCCCCAGUAGGGGACAUGUGAGAGGCAACCACACAUUGAUUGUUUCUCUCCCUUUCUCUCUCCCUUCCCCUCUCUCUCAAAAUAAAUAAAUAAAAUCU